AUGGCAGACGACAAGAAACAACAGGUAACGGGUGGUACAGCUGGAGCAGUGGAAGGUGUGGUAACCUAUCCUUUCGAGUUUGCUAAGACUCGUCUUCAAUUGAUUAGUAAAGGAUCCACAGCCUCUCGUAACCCACUUGUUUUGAUAUAUAAUGUGGCUAAAACUCAAGGUGUAAGUAGUUUAUAUGUUGGAUGUCCCGCAUUUGUGGUGGGUAACACUGUUAAAGCUAGUGUACGUUUCUUAGGGUUUGAUAUGAUUAAGUCAUUACUUGCUGAUAAGAAUGGCAAGCUUUCAGGUCCUAGGGGUGUGAUUGCCGGGUUAGGGGCUGGGCUAUUAGAAUCUGUUGUAGCAGUUACACCAUUUGAAGCUAUAAAGACUGCUUUGAUCGAUGAUAAACAAAGUCCCAAACCAAAGUAUCAAAAUGGGUUAAUUUCUGGGUCUGUAAAAUUGGUUAAGGAUUUAGGAUUCAAGGGAAUUUAUGCUGGGCUAGUACCAGUUUCUUUAAGACAAGCUCUGAAUCAAGCAGUUAGAUUGGGGUCUUACAAUGCUAUUAAAACAAUGAUCCAGCAAGGUUCUGGCAACAAGCCAAAUGAACCUUUAGGAUCAGCUGCGACAUUUCUUGUUGGUUCAUUUGCCGGUAUUAUCACCGUUUACACUACCAUGCCUAUUGAUACUGUAAAGACAAGAAUGCAAGCCUUGGGGUCUGAUAAAUUGUACAGUUCUACACUCAACUGUUUCGUCAAAAUUUUUAGGGAGGAAGGGCUUUUGACUUUCUGGAAAGGUGCUACACCCAGAUUAGGUAGGUUGGUAUUGAGUGGUGGUAUAGUUUUCACAAUCUAUGAGAAAAUGAUCACAAUCAUGAAAUGA